GCUACUUAUAAGGGCAGAUCGCAGAUUGCGCAUUCUGUUUUGCCCUACUUCUCAGAGCUAGUCUACCCGAUCUUUCCGCGACUUCACUCCACCACCCCCGUCCCUAAUCAUAGUCACCUAGCCGAGAAAAGGCUGGAAGAUGACAGCCUCGACCCACAUGCCAGACGUGCCGGAAAGUCGUGUGCUUAUCGUUAUAACGGGCGGUACGAUAUGCAUGCAAGAAUCAGAAGAUGGCCUGGUACCUGUUCCUGGAUUCUUGAAGUCGGGACUUGCACCACGUCCCUCCUUCAACGAUGGAUCAUACCCUGAUCCUCUGGAGAUUAUAGUUGAUGAUAAGGGAACAAAGAAAGCGGUGCAAAGUCUACGCACGCCAAAGAGCUCCUACCAGCGCCGCGUCAGAUAUGCGGUUUUGGAGUUUGAGAAACUUCUUGACAGCAGUUCUAUCAAUGCCGCCGGUUGGGACCAGAUCGCCAAGACGAUUUACCGAAACUACACUUUAUAUGACGGUUUCGUGGUAUUGCACGGUACAGACAGCCUUGCUUACACGUGCUCAGCCCUGAGUUUUAUGCUUCAAAACCUUGGCAAGCCAGUUAUUUUGACAGGGAGCCAAGCCCCAAUGUCACAACUGCAAAACGAUGCCACGGACAAUCUAUUGUCGAGUUUAGUCAUCGCGGGACAUUUCAUGAUUCCGGAAGUCUGCCUGUUUUUCAACUUCAAAUUGUUUCGCGGAAACAGGGCAACAAAGGUUUCUGCAGACGACUUUUCAGCUUUCGCCAGCCCGAAUCUGCCUCCCUUGGCCACCAUUUCCUCUCUGAGGACGAACGUUCAGUGGAACCUGGUGUACCGGCCGCAAUCUGUCCUACCGUUCAGCAUCCAAUCCAAUUUGGACACAGCACACGUGGCCUGCUUAAGAGUUUUCCCAGGCAUCAAACCAGAAAUGGUUGAUGCCGUCUUGCACCUGGAUGGCCUUAAAGGGCUUGUGCUCGAAACCUUUGGAGCCGGCAAUGCCCCCGGGGGACCCGAUUCUGACAUGACCAGAGUACUCGCGGAUGCCGUCAAGCGAGGCGUCGUCAUUGUGAAUGUGACGCAGUGUCUCAGUGGAAGUGUCAAUCCCCUGUACGCUCCGGCCACGGUACUAGGAAGGGCAGGAGUAGUGUUUGGCCAAGACAUGACGACCGAGGCAGCCCUGACAAAGAUGUCGUACUUGCUUGCUAUGCCAGAAAUAACACCUUCGGAAGUGGCGAAGCGUAUGUCAGUGUCUCUGAGAGGAGAAUUGACUGAGAGCGGCCGGAUGCACUUUCAACAUCCGGACAACGGCACGUUGACUCCCGAGGUUAACAGCCUGACAGCUUUGGAAUACAAGAUCAGCGAAGGGGACCUGGAGGCGGCCAAGGCAGUGAUGAGAUUUGAUCAAAGGUGGUUGCUGAACGACAGGGAUCAUGCUGGGAACACGCCUUUGCACCUUGCGGCAUCCGGCCCGAACGUCGAGAUUCUGCGCGAAUUUCUCUCGCAAGGCGCCUCAGUACAUAUACGUAACGGAGAGGGGCACACGCCGCUGUUCCUCGCGGCACAAGCGGGCUUGCGCGACCAUGUGCGGCUGUUGCGUGAAGCGGGCGCGCAUUUUCAUGCGGAUGAGAGGGCGGCUGCACGCCAGCUUGCAUCGGAUACGGGCGAAAAGGGAGCGUGGGAGGCGGCGGGCGUCCGGGACGAGAGCACGUUGUAACUAGAUAGGUGGAAUGAAUAAUAACGAC